AGCUGUCCGCGUGCUGUAUUUUAUAAGGAAGAGCGUGCGCGUGCGCGUGCGCGUAAACAAACACACGGUCCUGCGUUCAGAGCUCGUUGUGUCGAGUCCAAGUGUCUCCUCUGAGAGAGCAGUGUACCUGUGUCGUGUCGGGAAAACAAUGAGGAGAACAAGUAGAGGAGAGAAGUAAUAUCUGCCGUAUUGUUGUCCCUGUCUUUGCUUUGUUUUUACUGAGAAAUGAUAAGGGAGUUGGUGUGCGGCGCUGUGGCUCUGCUCCUGUACGUGAACACGCUCGACGCGGAUUUCUGCUACGAUGACAGUAGGAGGAAACUGUAGAACCCAGAGGAAACCUACGUAAACACAGGGAGAACUCACGAAAGUCCACACAGACAGUAACCUGAGCUCAGGGUCAAACCCCGGACCAUGGAGCUGCAAGGCGGCAGUGCUUCCCACAGUCGUGCUAUCAAAACCAAUCCAGAUCUCCUGCCUGAGACACCUUGGACCAACAUACUGUACAGUGACUUCUGGGGCACUCGGCUCACUCACAGUGGCAGCCAUAAGUCCUUCCGGCCGCUCUGCACACUCUCUUUCCGCCUCAACUAUGCUCUGGGUGGCCUGGAGCCAAGAGGCUACCAUUUAUUCAAUGUGGGCCUGCACUGCUGUGUCACAGCUCUGUUCACUGCGCUUUGUGGCCUCCUGCUAGCCGGAGGACCCUGGAGUCUGCUGGCUGGACUCCUCUUCGCCUCACACCCAGUGCAUACUGAGGCAGUAGCGGGACUGGUAGGACGUGCAGAUAUGGGCGCUGCCCUGUGCUUUCUACUCUCUCUGCUCUGCUACAGGUGCCACUGCAGGCUCCGGCCACACGCUGGAAAAUCGUGGUGCAUGAGGUGGAGAGUGCAGGCAUGGUUGGCUGGUAGCCUGGUUGCUGCAGCAGCAGCUAUGCUGUGGAAAGAGCAGGGGGUGACUGUUUUGGCUGUGUCAGCUGUCUAUGACGUCUGUGUGGUCCACCGCAUGCAACUGCAUCAUAUGCUAGAAGUCUUCCUUAAGAGGAAAAAUGCAACCCUGCUCGUAAGCCUGGCUUGGCUGGCUGGUUGGGGAACAGUCCUGCUGGCAGCUCGACUAUACUGGAUGGGCUGCAAGCCACCACAGUUCUCCAACUCCGACAACCCGGCAGCUGAUUCACCUCACCUCCUCACCAGAACACUUACCUUCCUCUACCUGCCACCUGCCAAUGCCUGGCUCCUCCUCUGUCCACACACCCUUAGCUUUGAUUGGUCUAUGGAUGCCAUACCCUUGCUCACAAACAUUUCUGAUUGGAGGAACUUGUGCUCACUAGCAUUUUACCUAGGCUUUGUAGUGCUUGCUUGUUUUGGCUUAAAAAGCAAGAAUUCUGCCACUUUCCAAACAACCAAUGGAAAAUCCCAUAUCAUGAAUGGAAAAGCUCUGGCUAAUGGGCACAGCCUGCAUUUUCCUGACAGCAAUAAUAAACAUGACAACGGCCACCACCACAAUGGCUUAACCUCAUCAGAAGUUUUUGCCAGUACCCAGAAUGGGUAUUCCAAACCCCUUCAUGCUGCUACUCACACAUCACUGCCAUCCAAAGAGAACAUGGUGGUCUUCUCACUUGGUCUUCUGGCUUUACCUUUUCUCCCUGCCACCAAUCUAUUCUUCUAUGUGGGCUUUGUGGUGGCUGAGAGGGUUCUCUACAUCCCCAGCAUGGGCUUCUGUCUACUUGUGACACUUGGGAUUAGGGCCAUGUUCGUAAAAAUGAGGCGGAGAAGCUCCAGGGCACUGCUGUUUGGCUGUGCUGCUGGACUUGUUCUGCUCUACUCCCUCAGAACAGUGUGCAGGAACCAGGACUGGCAGAGUGAAGAGAUGCUCUACAGGUCUGGCAUCACUGUGAACCCUGCCAAAGCUUGGGGUAACCUUGGCAAUGUCUUGAAGAACCAGGGUAAGAUGGCAGAGGCAGAGGAAGCAUACAGAAAUGCCUUAUACUACCGUGGCAACAUGGCUGACAUGCUCUACAACCUGGGUCUGUUGCUGCAAGAGAGUGAACGUUUCUCUGAGGCUCUGCAUUACUAUAAACGGGCCAUCCAAAGCAGACCGACUCUGGCAUCUGCAUAUUUAAACACUGGUAUUAUAUUUGAGUCUGAGGGAAACGUGGAGGAGGCCAAGCGCACAUUUGAGACGUGUGCCAGCAUCCCAGAUGAGAACCUAAAGGACCCCCAUGCUCACAAAAGUGCAGUCACUAGCUGCCUGUACAAUCUUGGCAAGCUGCUGCAUGAACAGGGUCAGCAAGAGGAAGCUCUGUCCGUUUAUAAAGAGGCUGUGAAGAAGAUGCCUCAUCAGUUUGCACCACAGAGCCUUUACAACAUGAUGGGUGAAGCCUAUAUGAGACUGAAUAAGUUUGAGGAUGCGGAACACUGGUACAGAGAGUCACUUAAGGCCAAACCAGACCACGUCCCUGCCCACCUGACAUAUGGCAAGUUGCUGUCUGUUAUGGGUCAUAAAACUGAGGCAGAGCAUUACUUCCUGAAGGCAAUAGAGCUGGAUCCCACCAAGGGGACGUGUUAUAUGCACUAUGGUCAGUUUUUGGUGGAACAGUCUCGAUUAGGAGAAGCUGCUGUGAUGGCUGAGAAGGCUGCUGAACUGGACAGCACAGAAUUCGAUGUAGUUUUCAGUGCUGCUCAUAUACUCAGACAGGCAAGGCUGAACGAGGCAGCUGAAAGGUAUUAUGGGAAGGCAGCAGACAUUAGACCAGAUUAUGCUGCUGCUCUGAUGAACCUCGGGGCCAUCCUCCAUCUCAAUGGAAAGCUUGCAGAGGCUGAGGCCAACUACUUGCGUGCGCUUCAGCUCAAACCUGACGAUCUGAUCACGCAGUCCAAUUUGCGCAAACUCCGGAAUGUCAUGCACAGGCGAGGACUGAAGACUGUGGGGUCAUGACCAUACUUCCUGUCAAAAGCA